CCUUACGAAUACGACCAUUAACGGAUGAAGAUCUGGCAACAUUACCCACAAGGUUUCAACGACAGGUCUUAUCUACACCACCACAUACUCCAAACCAGGUUGUUGUAGCUGGAGAAAAGAAACAAUUCUUUACUUUUGAUCAUGUAUUUGGUCCUGAAACUUCACAGAAUGAGAUUUAUGAAAGAGCUGUUUUUAAAUUGAUUGAUAAAUUUAUAGAAGGAUACAAUGUAACAAUCUUAGCAUAUGGUCAAACUUCUUCUGGAAAAACUUAUACAAUGGGCACAUCAGAUUCAACCGUAGUCCCUAUUGACCAAAAAGGAAUAAUUCCUCGGGCAAUGCAAUCCUUAUUUGAAAUUCUAACUUCCCCACAAUAUAAAUCUCGUAAAUUUCAGAUUAAGGUUUCAUUUAUUGAAAUUUAUAAUGAAGAUUUAAUUGAUCUACUGGGUGAAGGUGAUGAAGAAAGUAGACCUCAAGUUAUGAUAAGAGAAGAUUCUAAAGGGCAUAUUUUAUGGAGUGGAUUACAAGAAAUUAAAGUCAAUUCGGUCGAUGAAGUUAUGGGACAUUUGUCACGAGGUUCGUUGAAUCGUCAAGUUGGUGCCACUGAUAUGAACCAGAAAUCUUCUAGAUCACAUGCGAUAUUCUCCGUAACGAUGAUUCAACAUAAAAUUGUGUCGACUGCUGGAAAUGGUAGUAGGUCAAAUACGCCUGUACCAGAGAUACCUGAUUCGAAAUCUGGAAUUAGACCUCCAUCACGAUCGAGUUCUAGAUUGAGUAAAAGAUCCGAUGAUGGUAGUGGUGAAUGGAUUGCUGUUACUAGUAAAUUCCAUUUCGUGGAUUUGGCUGGUAGUGAGAGACUAAAAAGAACUGGAACUGUUGGGGAUCGUGCUAAAGAAGGAAUAUCUAUAAAUUCUGGUCUUUUAGCAUUAGGGAACGUUAUUUCUGCUCUCGGUGACCCUAACAAAGCUAAACACACAACACAUAUUCCGUACCGAGAUUCAAAACUAACACGUUUAUUACAGGAUUCUCUUGGUGGAAAUGCUCAAACAUUAAUGAUUGCUUGUGUUUCAGGGGCGGAAUUCAAUCUUAAUGAAACUGUUAAUACUCUUAAAUAUGCAAACAGAGCUCGUAAUAUUAAAAAUUCGGCUGUUAUAAAUCAAGAAGAGGCUGGUUGGAAUGAUCUAGAACAUUUACAAAGUUUAGUUAUUAAAUUAAGAAAUGAAAUCAAAGCUCUCAAAGCUGCUGGUGCUUUGGUUUCCACAGGUGGUUUAACUUCGAUAAAUGGAAGUUAUGGUGGUAAUAGUACGUCUGGAUCUGGAAGAUCUACUCCUUUGGGCUUAAUAAGUGGACGAGAAACUCCGAUUCAUCAAAGUCAUUUACGGCGUCCUUCAACUCCACUUUCAAUAAAUAUGGCUGUGGGUAAUGCUAAUCCAAACCAUAAAGACGUUGAAGUACUUGAAGAGCAACUUUCUCAACUUCAACGAUCAUACAUAGAAUUAUCUCAGAAAUAUGCGAAAACUUCCGCUGAACUUGCCUUACAUCAAGAUAAUUCGGAUGAGCUUGGCACAAAAACAACAUCUGAUAGGGUGCAGCAAAAUGGAACUAAAUCAAAACUAUCAAUGAAACCUAUAAAAGAAGAAAAUAUUUCGCAAAGUUUUCAGGAAGCCGUCGAACCUGUGAUUGAAGAAUAUGAGAAAUCAAUAUCCGCACUCGAAAGUCAACUUGCACUUGCAC